AAAACAAUCAGUGCCAGUCACCGCCAUCGGCGGUCCGCGUCAAUCGAAAUCGCUUCGAUCCAAGUUCGUCCCACGCAUCCGAUUUUCCUCCUGCACCGCGCUUGGCGACUUGGCGUGGAUUCGCGGUAGCUGCGCAUUCGCGACGACGUCUCCAGGAACCACUGCUACCCAGUCACUCCCGUCUCUAGGUACCUGUUGUUGCCUGCCGCUGCCUCUGCCUCUGCGCCUCGCGCGCCGAGGGAGAUGGCAUCGGCGGGCCGCUGGGCGUGGAUGGCGGAGGUGGCGGGCGAGGAGCUGGCGAAGCUGGAGGCGGCGCACCCGGGCCGCUUCGCCCCGCUCAAGGCCGAGCUCGAGCGCCUCGUGGCCGACCCCGGCUUGGACGAGGCAGCGUUCCCGCUCGUCUCACCGCGCGCCGGCGCCGGCGCCGUCAUUGAUCCCACUCCGGCCGCCUCGUCCCAGCCUGCUGCUGCUCCUUCGACCACGGUGCCCGUGUGCACUCAAGAGUCGUCGACCCGGAAGAGAAAGCCGCGUGGCAGCAUGCGGGAGCGGGAGGAGGGGAAGCGGAGACGGUGGGCGAGUACGCAGCCGCCGGGAGGGACAAAGGACACGGCAGACACGGCCAUCGAGCGCGCCCAACGGUGCCUGGAGAGGAUCCGCGCCUUCAAGCAGAGCUUGCUUGCCGCUUGGAUUCACUGACGGGAUGCGGGGGUGGAGAAAGAAACGAGAGCAGGAGGAAAGAAAAACUCUGGCGAUGGAAAGGGAAACCAAAAAAUAAAACAACUUUGAUCGAUCGAGAACCCAGAACCCCUUUUUUUUAGUAUUGGAAAGUGAGAAUCAUAAUGUUCUUGGACAAAAAGUUGGCUCUUCAAGAUUACACAGACCUAUGUAAGUACAGCUGCCCUUGUACACGGAAUCACGGAUUAAGCUGAACUGCGCAAACAGUAAAGCCAGUUAUAUGCC